AUGGGAUACUAUGACAUUGAGGAUGUUCUAGCAGAUGGGACAGACUUUCCUUGCAAGUUCCAAUAUGAUAUUCCGGGCCUUGGAUAUCUGGAAAACAACCCAGGACGACCCAUAACGAAAAACACCAAACUAAAUCUACCGUUGUGGUUAGCAAGAAUCCUGGCAAUUGUAGGCGGUGACGAAGUCCUGGUAGAUGAAGAUCCUGUACCGUUUGUGGAGCUUUUGCCCCCAGAUAUGUUUUCUACCAAAGUUGUGAACGCUAUCAAGACAGAUCCCGUGGCCCUGGACUUACAUUCGAUAAAUUCACAUUUCUUUAGCUUGGCCAUAAAAUGGAUAACUUUGUUUAGUGAAAAGGAGUUAGCCAAUGUUGUUAGUGAGUUGCUUUUGCAGCGUGCACAAGAACUUAAUCAUCACGCUAGUAGUUUAUCAAUUGAUCUCAAUGCGGAUUCGGCAGCAAAAAAUCCAACAAAUACUAAUAUAGCAACAAGCACAUUCUUGCUGAAACUAGACGAAAUGGAAAAGGACAUAUAUAGAAAGUCACACGAAUCCUAUAAAGAGACCAAAAAGUGGAUGUUUAAAAAAUAA